AGUGCAGCCUUGCAAGUUGCAACGGCCUGUAAAUGGGUUAGCAAGUCACCAUGCCGCUUUUGCUGCUGGCCGCCGAUCGUGAACCUUGCUGUUCGAAGGUAGCGAUUUCUAUACUGCAGCUUCCGGCGACAGAAUCACGCCUACAACAUAGUCGGCCUCUUUGCUGACGAUAAGUGGCCGUUCGCCACAGCUUCUCUCAGCCUCAAUGGCUUUGUCGGAGGAAGCUAGCGAGGACAACAUAUUCCAGCUUCUCAAAGCCGCAAAUCCGAGCGAACUUGAGCAACGGCAGCAAGCUAUUAACGAGAAAAUACACCGCACCUUUCAACUCAGCCAGCAGCGUCUAGCCGAACUGAUCGAUCAGAACUCGACCUCACCAACUACAGUCUCCUCGGUGACCGUCCUAGGGGCACCCAAUACUCGACAUGGUUUCCUCCAGAAAAUUGUCAAUCCGUUGUUGAGCGCAAACCGCGAUCGUCCAUACACGCAGUCUGAGCUUAUACACGAGGUCGCUAAGACCGCAGAUACGAUAAGGAAGUUCGGAAUCUACCAUGACCCCGUUUCAGUGUACCUGGAUAAACCUUCCAAGACCGACCCUACAACCACACCGACUGAUGUCGCCGUAUAUUACUCGGUAAAAGAGAGGAGCAGGGUGUUUGCGAAGACCGGCACCGACCUCGGAAAUGCUGAAGGAUCGGCGUAUGCCAAUGUGCAAUGGCGCAAUCUCUUAGGUGGUGCAGAGACCUUAGAUCUCAAUGCGUCAAUAGGAACGCGGACACGGUCUUCAUACCAGGCUACACUAGAUACUCCGGUACUGAGCAACCCGGAUUUUCGCUUUCAAUUGGGUGGUCAACAGAGCGCCACACAAAAAGUAUAUGCAAGUCAUGAAGAAGUGCUAAAGGGCGGUUGGGGCAAGCUACGAUGGUUAUCGUCAGGAGGAACCAUGAACGAGUUCGGCUAUAAUGGCAUCUGGCGGCAGGUGACUGGCCUAGCGCAAAACGCGUCCCCAACUGUGAAGAACGAAGCUGGAGAUUCCUUCAAAAGCAGCAUAUCACUUAUGCGAACAACUGACAAGAGAGACAAUCCUAUGCUUCCAACACGGGGAUACUAUGCGAAAUCCACAACAGAAUUAGCGGGUUGGGGCCCUUUACAAGGUGACGUGUCUUUCCUCAAGACCGAAGUUGAGACACAAACUGCACUUCCGAUACCAGUACCAGGAGUGAAAGGUGACAGUGGGAUUAGCUUCACAACAGGACUGCGUGCUGGGCUGUUAUAUCCACUGGCACUAGGAUCGAAUCGAAACCCAGAAAUGUCUCGCAUCAAUGACAGAUUCCAACUCGGCGGGCCGACAGAUGUUCGUGGGUUUCGACUUUCAGGCUUAGGACCUCACGAUGGCCCGGAUGCGGUCGGUGGCGAUAUCUACGCAGCGGGUAGCGCAAAUCUGCUUUUGCCUCUACCAAAGGUCGGAAAGGACAAGCCACUUCGGUUUCAAGCCUUCGUCAACGGAGGAAGACUUUUGGCACUACGAAGUCCGGAUAAAGAGGGCGCAAUGAGCAGCGAUGAAGUCAAGCAAAGCUUCUCUAAUGCCAUUACGGAGCUAGGGAACGGACUGCCUACCAUCUCAGCUGGCGUUGGCUUAGUUUAUGCUCACCCUGUGGCACGGUUCGAGCUCAACUUCUCCCUGCCUCUGGUUGUACGGAAGCACGAAGAGUCCAGGAAAGGUGUCUCUUUCGGGAUAGGCAUCAACUUCCUGUAGUAGUGAGACAAAAGUCUUUGUACAUCAUCAUGUCCAUUAGAGUAUGACGCAGUAAGUCUUCAGUAUUGUUCUGUUAGGUGUUUUGCGUGCGGGCCAGGGGCAAGGCUGCGGCAAG